GGAGGGGCUGCGCGCUCAUCAAGCUGGACGGUCCUCAGGUUGCUCCCACCCUGCUGCCAAAACGCUGCUGCUCCGGGCACAGAGCACAGGAUCACAGAGGCAGACACGCCGUGAGACUCGAGCCUGGCAGCAGGCUCCUUGAAAGGGACAUUUUACGUGCAUCGAGAAGGGAGAAGGGACACUGGACUCAACAGCUUCGCUCACCCCAGUGGGGUGGAGGGGACCUGCCCUUGGACGCGCCAGCAAGAGUCACUAUAGGCUUGGGAACAGAGCGCAGAGAAAUCCAAGGGUUUAGAGAAGUCAGCUUCAACAGAAAUGUCGAAAAAGAUCAAGGGUAGCCACCGGAGUCCGGAAGCUUAAUAGCCACCUGGUGGGUCACUGUGACCCCGGGAACGACAGUGACUGACGCGCGCGCAAACCAGGCGCUCCCCAGCAUCUCCGGGUCUGCCGACCGAAGCCGCCUCCCCCGCGUGGGACGCGGGUGCAGAGACACCCGCGGCGGCAGCUAGAAAGCAACAUGCAGCUCACAGACCCCAGACUGUCCCGGCUGGGGAAACUCCUGGGCGGAGCGGCGCGACGGUGACCCGCGCGGGUGCGAGGGGUGUGCCCGGCCCCGCCCGCGCGCCCCUCCCCGCGGAGGCCGAGCAUCCAGGGGCGGCGCGGAGCCGAGCGGCUCACCCAGCCGCCAGUGCCCGCGAGCGCCGCGCCUGCUCGGGGAAUCCACUUCGCUGCUAGACGCUUCUCGCUCACGCUCUCUCUCACUCUCUCUCCUAGGCGGCUUCCCAUGGCUUUUGCUUUGCGGCCGGAGCCUAUCCACUAACGGAGAAACUUUUCCAGCCAUUUCUUCUCCCCACCCCUUUCCAGGAGAGGAUUAAAAGUUCCAAGAACUGGUGCCGCCAGUGCCACUUGGGUACUCGUCGGCGACUUCCCAGUCUCAGCCAUGUGCACCAACAUAGUUUACGAGUGGCUGAAAGCGUUACAGCUCCCGCAGUACGCCGAAUCCUUCGUGGAUAAUGGCUAUGAUGACCUGGAAGUGUGCAAGCAGAUCGGAGACCCGGACCUGGACGCCAUCGGGGUACUGGCUCCAGCGCACCGCCGGCGCAUCCUGGAGGCUGUGUGCCGGCUGCGGGAGCAGGACGCGGCCGCCGCCGGCCUCUACUUCACGCUCGAGCCACAGCCGGUGCCACCCGCACCGCAGGUGGACGCGGUGCCCCCAGGCCGCCGGGGGGAGCCAUGUGGCAGCUCGGCCCAGGGCACUCGCGGGGACCCCAGUGGCCAGGCGAGCACUCCCCGCAGCAGGGAGCUGGUGAGCUACCCCAAGCUGAAGCUGAAGAUCAUGAUCCGGGAUAAGCUGGUCCGCGAUGGCAUCCACCUGAGCAAGCCCCCGUAUUCGCGCAAGGUCCCAAUGGCCGGCAUCCUAGAGUACUUAAUGAAUUGGCCGAAGUCAUCACAGAACCGCUAGAUAUCAUUUUUGAGAGCCCGUGGAGGACUGAUGAGGUGCUGAAGACUGGAAAAGGGCAUAUUUAGAACCUUCUUUCUCAAAGGGAACUGGAUGGUGACUCUGGAAACACCCAUCAGCUUAAAUUUUUGCUUGGAAAACUCUGGAAUAAUCAACUUAGUAAGCUGAGUAAUAGCUUACUUGUAGCUAGUAAUAAGGCAGCGACCUACCGCCCAUGAAAAUAUAUUGAACUUGGUUUUAAAAGGACACUCCAAGCAGGAAGAAGUCUGAUACAUCUCUUGGAAUUUCCCUCCUUUGUUCUUUUGAUUUUUUUUUAUCAUAAUAGAUGGGGUGGAUAAAGACUUGUGGGUAAUUACUAAUCUUAAGUAUACUAAACAAAAGUAGGUUUCUUACAAUAAUUGUAAAAAAUUUCAAAUUGGCUUCUAUCUCAAGAGCAGUAACUUUCAUUUUAUAUCUUAACAUACAUGUUAUCUUACUUUGCAUAGGGCUCUGUUUUCAUUAAGGUAUGAUAGUUCAUAUAAUCCUAUAUAAAGUAGUUUGGUAAAGGACCUCUUAGAUGCUUUAUAUAGUGAUUUUACGCAUAAGUAUAACCACAACACUGACAGAUUAAGGAAGAAAUUAUUUUUUAACUUUUGAAACUUUUUCUGGUGGAGGUAUGACUGUUACAUUAGGAGUAUCAUGUCCUGACAUGAUAAUUGAAUACAUGUCAGCUGUUUUAUUCUUCCUUGUCUGGAGACUUCUCCAGCCUACCCCUUUCUGAGUUCCCCUUGUCUCCCUCUCUUUAGUAGGUUUCUGAUACUAGUUUGGGGCAGAGACAUAGGCUGUGGCAGUAGGCAAAAUGAGCCUUGUCCAUGGACCUACACCCAAGGAGGAUAGAGGAAAUUGGGUGGGAGUAAAGAAAUUGACAUGACACUGGGUUUUGGAAUUUGGUGGGGGUUUUUUUUUGGUGGUCUUGUUUUUAUUUUUCUUCAUCAUUAUUUCUUUUGGAUGUUGUUAGUAUGAUUUUCUUCUAAGACGCAACAGUGAUGAUGGGGCCUGAACUUAGAUAAGAGAAGGUUAUGGGAGAUUUAUCAAUAUUAGCAGAAGUUUAGACAGCAUCUCAGCUGUCCUGUAUUGUGGAAUUGUUCCUUCACUACUCAAAAGUACAUCAAAGGUGCAAGCUUCUCUCACUGUAAUUAUGGACAAGAGCAGGAGACUUUUAAAGGAAAGAGAUUGACAUUCACCUUGUCUCUAGGAAUAGGUAGGCCAUUAAAAAGGGAUUAGAUUUCCAAAGGCAUUCAUGGCACAAUACUGUUUUUAAAAUCAAAAUUUGAAACACUUGAACUGCCUUCAGAGAUGAAUUUAGACACCAUGCAAAAGCCUUUCUUGAGAUUAAAUGCAAAUGUAAGGAAAUUAACUUCUCGGAGCACGUGUGAGUUGUUCCUCAGAUGCUACAGACAAUCGACCACUCAUCACCCUUUCAAAUAAACUGGGCUUUAUAAUACCUGUUAUACUUUUUUUUGAAGAUGUGUGGGUAUCUGCAUAGAUUACUGAUAUGAUGUAUUGUGAUAAUGAAUGCCUUCCUGGUUGAGACCUCAUUUCCAGGUGCCACAUCUGUGACAGAUUUAUUUCACAGAUGUACAUUUGCAUGCAUUUGUUGAACUGUGUGGCUAGCCAGGACCCAAUUUCUGAAAAAAAAAUCUAUUAUUUACCCUAGAGGCAAUGAGAAUAAAAUCUUCUGCAACCAAAAAGGGCUCUUAGUUCCUUUCAAGUUUUAUUUUCCAUUUGAAUGAAGUCCGACUUCAACUAUUUGUCUAAAUUUAAAUCUUGUCUGUAUGCCACUAUUGGGAUUUGAAAUUAACAAUAACCUACCUAAAUUAUGAGUCACAAUUUAAAAUGGUAGAAUAGCCAGUGGGUCUGAAAGGCUUCUUAGGUAAAGGAGAAGAAUAAAACUGUGAAGAGAAUCAGUGAAAAGAAGCUUGCUAACUUCUGUGUGUUAAAUCAAGAUGAGGUAAGACAGCAUAUCAAAGGAAUUCUGACCUUGAAUUGUAUCUGUAGGGACUUAUCUUUAGGAAGCAUGUCAUUGCAUAUUUUCUUUUAUCUCAACACUGGUGGCUUCCUUAAUAUCUGAAUGUGAAAGGUGAAAACAUGACAGUAAGAUUUGCAUCUUGAUUACAUUAACUCAUAGUUCCCCCCAAAUUAAGUAAUAAGUGACAGGGUCUUAUUUUAUAAUAUUGAGAGGUUUAAAGAAGAAUAGCAAAAUGUUCUUCAUCUUAAAAUAAUAUGGAAGUAUAUGAAGAAAACUUACUCAUCUCAUGCAAAAUUCUGCUUUGUCAAGUAUGGCAUCAUAUAUCUGUAAUCCCAGCAGAAUUCCUAGUUCAAGGCCAGCCUGGGCUUUGUAAUGAGAUUAUGUCUCAAUAAACAAAUCAGAAAAAAAAAACAAAAGAAAAUAGGAGUGACUAUGCAGUUCAGUUAGUCAGUUUGUGCUGGGCAAGCAUGAGGACUAAUGUUUGAGCCCUACAACUUACCACAUAAAACAGUCAGGUGUGGUGGUAUGCACUAUAGCCAGCACUGGGGAGGAUGAGGCAGCAGACCCCUGGAGCUUGCUGGCUGGUCAUCCUAACCUACCAGGUGAGUUAUAGGCCAGUGAGGGUCCCUGUGUCAAAACAAACAAAACAGAAAAUCAAAGCAAGGUGUGCCUGGAGAGGGACACAUGAUGCUGACCUGUGGCCACCACGUGGAUAUGCAUACACACACACACACACAAUUAGGGAGGGAGAAAAAGGAGGGAGGGAGAGAGAGAGAGAUUUCUGGCCAUAAGGAAAAUAACAAUUUAAGGGAAAAACAAAGUAAAACAAAUCUCAGAAGAAAAUUAUAGCCAUACAUGGUGGCACUUUCUCAGCCCAGAGGAUCAAGCAGUUUCUUAGAUCAGAAAAGUAUCCAUCAAGUUUGGCCAUUUGAACUACAGGAUGACAGUGAGCAAGUUUUCCCUCUGAAAUGACUCAAAUCCAAAUCCUAGAAUUAUCCCAGUAGUGUUUUCCUGUGGUGACACUCCCAGGUGCACAAGCUCUAGGGUAGCUUGAGGAAUCAUUGCAAAUAAUUCUGAAACUUAAAAGCUCCUUUUCUCUUGCCCAUAAAAUGGCAAAAAUAAAUAUCUCCUCCCCUUAAGAGGCUUAAGAGUUCUACAGCUUAUGUCUAUUCUUAGUCUUUGGUUCAGGCAUGGCAUCAGCAGGCGCUGUCUUUCUCCCUACCCCGUUUCUGAAUUUCAGUUAUUUUAUUUCUUCCUGUGUGGAAGAGAUUACCUUAGAACCAACUAGAGAAUUCAUGUAUAUAUUGACAUGUCCUGUUGCUGUUCAUUAAAUAAGGUCUUUUGCUUUUUUCUUGUCGGGCUCAGAAGAGCUAUCUUGUACUAUCACACUAGGAGUUUGGUGAAUGAUUAGUGGCUGAAUGAAGAGAAUUUGACUUAGUCGGCUAGGGAUCGGACUCAGUAAGGUGCCUCCCUUUUAAGCACAUAGGGCUGAUUUAGAUCCCAGAAUCCUCAUUGAAAAAGGACAACAUGGUGGCAAGUACUUGUAAUCCAGUGUUGGGGAGGGGGAGAUAGUUGGAUCCCUGGAGCUAGCCUGGCCUACUUGAUGAGGUCAGGUCAGUGAGAGACCCCGUGUUUUCUCUCACACACAUAAGGUGGAUGGUUUCAGAUGGACAAUAUUUGAGGUUGUCCUUUGCCUGCACGAAUGCGUGCACACACACAUACACACACAUUCACGCAUGCACGCACGUGCGCACACACACACACACACACAAAGGCAUCAAGUCCAUAAAGACGAGGACUUUUCUCAUCUAGAAAAACUAUCAUAUUGGCACACAUGUAGACGUUUUGUUAGCAUUCCUGUUUUUAUAACAGCAUCAGGUAUGUAGAUUUGGGGAGUGAGUGUGGUAUAUGUGGGUAUUCCUGGUUUCAUGAUGACUGUGUUGCACAUUUGAGUGCAAGUGGUUUCCUCUCAAAGCUGCAUCUACCAUGAAUCUAGUCAGAGAAUGACGAAUGACGCAGAUGAUCAGGAACCAGCCCGGCUCUUUUGUACGCUGUAAAGAAAGCCAGUCAUGCCAGUGAGCAGAAGCACCUGCCUCCAAAUUGACACCAGCAUGUCUGGAUAUUUUAUCAUUUAGAGCCCAAGUGCUGUAAACAGUUCCCUUGAGUAAGUGGGAUUGAAGAACAACAAAAAGAGAACUUAAAGAAGUUAAAAUGUGGGGAAAAUGUUUCACUCAUACAGUUGUUAUGAAAUUAGCUUGUCUAGGCAGAUGAACUAUUCCACACUUUCAGGGAUGCAAGGGAGUAAAAGUAGAAUAUUAGAGCCAGGGACAUUGAAACGAAGACCCAGUCUCCAAUCACCAAGCCUUAGCUCCAACCAACUGGCAAGAAGUGGUAAAUUUUUGCAUGAGAUAAGCUGGUAUGUAGAAUGAAGAACCCAUGGGGGUUCUCACAUAGAUGCUUUACUAAGUAAUACCAAGUUGCUCAGAGAAAAGCAGGUUAGGCUUUGGUUUCUAGAACCUUCUCAUUUUACUCUUAUAAUUAGUUUUAUUCUUAGUUAUAUAAUUCUACAUCUGAUAGUCUACAGUAUUGUGUUCUUGACUUUAAAACCUUCUGCAAGCUUCACAUUAUUAAUUUCUAAUGAGAUAAAAUCCAGUAACUUCCUUGCACAAAUACUAAUCACUAGUUUAGGUAUUUCUAAUAGAUGCAAAGGGGAGAAAAAAGGCAGGUAGCUUGGAAAAAUGAUUGCAAUUACCUUUUUCUACUCAUCAAAAUUGAUAUUUUCUUUUUUAAAUUGUCUAAGUUCUGGAAAUAAAGUUUCUAACAUUAUGGAUACUGCUAAGAAUGCCUUUUAGGAAUAUAAGUGGUUAAAUAUUACAAUAAGAACUGUGUGACAUUUUCCCCUUUAUUUUCUUUUUUUUUACAGUUUUCCUCAAAUUUCUUCCUCUGAAUCAAAAUCCAACUAGUGAAGUUUUAAACAGUUAAACUAGACUUUUUAAAAUAGAUUAUAUUAUGUAUAAUGCCUUUUAUUAGAUGAAUUUUUUCUUAUUACAAAACAUGAAAUACCAUAUUGAUUUUCAAAAACAAGGUGGCUUGUUGAAUGAGACAGAUGUUAGACAGUCUGCCAUUCAUUGAAGUUUCUGCCUUGUUGCCUGAGCAUGUUAUGAGAUACAAGUUGGGUUAUUAAAGUCACUCAUUGAGAAGCUUUCCCCACAUAAAGGUUUGUAUAUGAGGCUGAGAAGUCAACAUGGAUCUUUUCUAGUGAUCGAACAGAUUUUCUGAUUGAAAACCAUGGUCAUUUGUAUUUGUACGCAUAAUAACAAAAUAAUGUUUCCCCCUUUCAGUUUUUUGUUUGUUUUUUUGAGGGGGGUGGGGACUAUAUGUGGCAAGUCUGUGAAAAGCCUAAUUGGAACAUCAUUGUGCGCCAUGUCGUGGUCGUGGAUGAAGCGUUGUGAUUUGCAAACAUGUGUUUCCCUUCAAUAAAUGUCAUGGCUUUCA